CCAACCUUCCCCUACCAUUCCUGCACAAAGCCAUCUCCUUACUAACCCCCACCCCCAAAGACGCCAUAUUCUACAUAUUCCUCCAGUCCUACCCCAUAAUCUUCACCGGCAUCUACCACUUCAACGCCGGUGAAACAGGUCUCGCCUUCCUCCCUAUCGGCGUCGGCGCCCUUAUCUCCGCUGGCAUCUACCUGUCGUGGGACUGGUACUUGGCUCGCGCUCAACGCCUCAAUCGCCCUUGGUCGCGCAACGAAGAAAUGCGGAGGCUGCCGCUCGCUUGCAUCGCUGGCCCGUUCUUCGUUAUCAGCGCGUUCUGGCUGGGCUGGACGAGUAGAGAGAGCAUCCAUUGGAUUGUGCCCACGCUCGCGGGUAUACUGUUUGGAAUGGGAUAUCUGUGUCUUUUCAUGGCUUUACUCAACUAUCUAGUCGAUGCGUACGAAGUCUUCGCUGCGAGUGCGAUGGCAGCAGCGAGUUUAUCGCGUAGUUCGUUUGGGGCUGUGUUGCCUUUUGCUGCGAAGCCGAUGUAUAGGACUAUGGGCGUGGCUUGGGCGACUAGUCUACUGGGGUUCUUCAGUCUGGCGCUGUGUGUUGUGCCGUUUGUUUUCGUGCGGUGGGGUGGUAGGAUGAGGGAUCGGAGUCAGUUUUGUCAGUAUCUGAGGAGGAAGAAGAGAGAGGAGGAGGAGGAAGCGGAGAAGGAGAGGGAGGGGUUGAGGGAAAAGAGGGUUAUGGUACAGCCUAAUGAGUUCAAGGGGAAGGAGGAUGUGUAG